CGCGUGAUCGUGGCGAGGGCGGCGGUUGUGUUGUGCGUGUGCUUGGGGGUGUUGGUGCUGGUGUUGACUGCUGGUGACUGGUGACGUGUGUUGCGUUGGGCUGUCGGCUGGAGUUGGGCUAGAGUUCGCGAUGUGAUCCCAAACGUCAAAGCGUGACCCCGGUGACUCCUCGGCGAAGCAUUCGCGCAUUGUGGAAGACUACCAUACGCCAAAGGCCGGUCGCAGCGGUCCCUCUGUCGGGGGAAGGAUGACCCCCCCCCCCGCCGCACACCGGGUCUGUCACGUCACGGCCGUCAUCGGCAGACCGGCGUGCCAUUCAUCGGCGGCGGCGACGAGAGCCAGAGCAGCCCACCAUCCGCCUCCGGACGCAGCCGCACUCACCCUCCGCACACCAGCCACCAUGAGGACCGGUAUCGUCUGUCUGCUGCUGAGCGCCCUGGUCGCCCUCGCCCUCGGCGCGCCCGACCGGUACUCCAGCGACGAGCUCGACCUGGCCACGCGACAGAUGAUCGGUGAGCUGGCCGGCCGAAUCCUGCGCCUGGCCCGCCCCGCCAGCGCCCUGGGCGCGCAGAAACGCAACUCGGAGCUCAUCAACUCGCUGCUCGGCCUGCCCAAGAUCAUGAACGAGGCCGGCCGGUGAAGGGUCGCCGGCUGACGGCCCAGCGCCUGCUGCUCAAUAACUCCGGCGGCGGCGGUCAGCCCAGCGCAGCGCCCACUCGACCGAGGCGACACCUGGGACGGCCGCCGCGUGUACAUACCGUAUAGGCGGCGCCACCGUCGGGCUCCGCCGCACAAUCACCCACUCCGCUGCUGUGUUCCGCGGUUUCAGCCCGCUCCGAUCGUACGGUAGAAUAUGUGCUCGUCCCCAUCCAAUCCCGCGUCCCGAGCCGCCCGCAAGGGCAGCCAGACGCCGUGGGUCGGAGAGGGACGUCAGAGACUGACGCGUUCGUUCCUUUCUCUGUCAUGAGUUCAUUUGUUCCACGACCGUCGAUCUGAAACCGUGCCAAUACAGAGCUUGGAGAAUCAUA